CUUUCGAGGUGAACACCCUGCUUACACUACAUCUCUAGUCAUCCACCACCUGACUCUCCCUGGCAAACGAUUCCACCUCUCAUCAUGCCAGCCCUAUUCAGAUCGAGCGGGCUCCUCCGUUCCCUCUCCCGGACGACCCCGACCUUUCAAUCAUCAUCAUCACCAUGCGCCGCCACCCUGCUCUUCCGUCGAGGCAUGGCCACGCCCUCGUCCAUCCCGCAGACCUUGAUCGAAAAGAUCGUACAAGACUAUGCGGUCGAUCUGCCUGCUGGAAAAAAGGUCAAGAGUGGGGAUUAUGUGAUGAUCAGGCCGGAGCACGUUAUGACACAUGACAACACCGGGCCUGUUAUCAGCAAAUUUACCUCCCUCCAAUGCUCCAAGAUCCUCAACCCGCGUCAACCCGUCUUUACGCUCGACCACGACGUGCAAAACAAAUCCGCUACCAACCUCGCCAAAUACGCCAAGAUCGAAAAGUUUGCCCAAUCUCACGACGUAGACUUUUUCCCCGCGGGACGUGGGAUCGGACACCAGAUCAUGGUCGAGGAAGGGUACGCCUGGCCGGGCAAGAUGGUCGUCGCUAGCGAUUCACAUUCGAACCAUUACGGUGGGGUCGGGUGUCUAGGAACGGCGAUUGUCAGGACCGACGCUGCGGGUAUCUGGGCGACGGGGAAAUUCUGGUGGCAGAUUCCCAAGAUCGUCAAGGUCGAGCUCAAGGGCAAAUUGGCACCGGGAGUGACGGGAAAGGACGUCAUCGUCGCGCUGGCGGGGAACUUUAACAAGGACGAGGUGUUGAACUGUGCCAUCGAGUUCGUCGGCGAGGGGGUCGAGUAUCUGUCGAUCGAUGAGAGGUUGACGAUCGCCAACAUGACGACCGAGUGGGGUGCCGUAGCGGGUGUGUUCCCCAGGGACGAAAAACUGAGGGAAUGGUACGACGGGAUGAUCAAGAAGAACCAGCUCCGAGGGUUCAUGCAGCCUGGGCAAGGGAAAGUUUCUGCCAACGAGUCCCACCCUCGUCUGAACGAACAGAGGUUGGAACAGACUUUUGCUGAGAAACUGGCCUCGGACGCCGAAGCGCUCUACUCGUCCCACUUGACCUUGGACCUGUCCACCUUGGUCCCCUACGUCUCGGGACCCAACAGCGUCAAGGUCGCCACCGCUCUCCCUAGGCUGGAAGAACAGGACAUCAAGAUCCACAAGGCCUACCUCGUCUCGUGUACCAACUCGCGUGCGUCGGACAUCAAGGCCGCAGCCGACGUUGUCCGUGGCAAAAAGAUCGCCGAGGGGGUCGAGUUUUACAUCGCCGCCGCCUCGAGCGUGGUACAAAAAGACGCUGAACAGGCAGGGGACUGGCAAGCCCUCAUCGACGCUGGAUGCAAGACGCUCCCUGCUGGUUGUGGGCCCUGUAUAGGCUUGGGCGUCGGGUUGUUGGAAAAGGGUCAAGUCGGGAUCAGCGCGACGAACAGGAACUACAAGGGAAGGAUGGGUUCGCCCGAGGCCGUGGCCUAUCUGGCUAGCCCUGCUGUGGUGGCGGCGAGUGCGAUUGCGGGAAAGAUUGCCGGGCCUCAAUCUCUGGACAGGUCGACGUUGCCCAAGUACGAUACGCCCGUCUUGACCAUCGAAUCCAGCGCGACCUCGAGCACGAGGGCGUCUGCUAGUCAGAGCGACGCUGCACCGGUCAAGGAAGAGUUGAUGGCCGGGUUCCCCGAGGUGUUUAGCGGACCGUUGUUGUUCGCCCCUCAGGACAACCUGACGACGGACGGGAUGUACCCGGGCAAGUACACUUAUCAGGAUGAUAUCACCCCGGAAAGGCAGGCCGAGGUCGUCAUGGAAAACUACGACCCCGAAUUCGCUAACAUCGCCAAAGGUCUUCGACCGAGCGGUAACAUCGACCCGUCAUCCUCGGUCAAGCCCGGUGCCGUGCUCGUUUCGGGUUACAACUUCGGAACCGGUUCAUCUCGAGAACAAGCCGCCACCGCGAUCAAGUACUCGGGAAUCCCGAUCGUCAUCUGCGGAUCGUUUGGUGACAUCUUCAAGCGAAACGCCAUUAACAACGGGCUCAUCUGCGUCGAGUGCCCCGAGCUGGUCAGCGACUUGACCGAGCGAUACGCCAAGGACGGUCAGCGAGGCAAGGGAGGUAAAGACAGGGAGCUCACCGUCCAGCCCGGUUGGGAUGUGAGGGUGGACAGCUUGACGGGCAAGAUCACCGUCACCACCCAAGGACCCGAUGGCAAGUCGAGCGAAAAGGUCUACAAGGCUGGAGCUAUUGGCAAGAGCGUGCAAGAGCUUUGGGUCAACGGGGGUCUGGAGGGUUUCAUCAAGGCGUCGCUAUAGGCAGAGGGUGGACUUUUCGGCUUGAGGAAUGCAUAGUGAAGGGUGUGGAGAUGUACAUCGCAUGUACAAGAUAGAUAGAUCGGCUACGCUCGAUCGCGGUU